CUGAAAUUUUGGCUUGCUAGAUUUUAUCCUGUGAUUUUAUCCAUUUUCCAAUUUUCAGCAUUAAAAUUAAAUAAUUUUAAUUAUAAAUGUUAUAACACCGCGUUACUGGAAGUAAAAUAAACACAUUAAAUAGCUGUUUACUGUAUAUAUGGUCAAAUAUAGAUUUAACUGGCGGAGCAGAUGAUGGAACUAGUAUAGUAGUUAAGUUAAAUUUAUAUUAAGUGAUUAACACGGAAGAGUAAUAGAAGAAAAUGGGUGAGAGAUACCCAGGGUACCUGUUUGGGGGCACCCCCAUCAGCAGUUGGGACAGAGGGUUCAAUCCAAUAGAAAAUGUCAGAUUCAACCCCAUAGAGAAUCAAAUAGCCCACCAAUACCGUCGGCCGAUCGGCGGGCGCUGUUGGGGCAGCAUGUCGGAGGGGGGCGGGGUGUCGGCGGCGGGGGACGGGGCCCGCACCAACCUCAUCGUCAACUACCUCCCGCAGACCAUGACGGAGAAGGAUCUGUACGCAAUGUUCAUGAGCAUCGGACCCAUAGAGAGCUGCAGGGUCAUGAAGGAUUUCAAGACUGGUUAUAGUUACGGGUUCGGUUUUGUGAACUUCACGAGAGAAGAGGACGCCGCGAGAGCGAUAGAGACAUUCAACGGCUACCAGCUGCGGAAUAAAAGACUAAAGGUAUCGUACGCGCGGCCAUCGGGUGAUGACAUAAAGGAAACGAAUCUGUACGUGACGAACCUCCCCCGGGCUAUCACGGAGGAGCAGCUCGAGACCAUCUUCGGCAAGUACGGGCGGAUCGUCCAGAAACAUAUACUGCGUGACAAGAGUAAUGGCACGCCGAGGGGCGUGGCCUUUGUUAGAUUCGACAAGCGCGAGGAGGCGCAGGAGGCGAUAGCGGCGCUCAACAACGUCAUACCGGAAGGCGGUACGGAGCCGCUGUGUGUUAAGGUGGCAGAGGAGCACGGCAAGCAGAAGGCGGCGUACUACGCGGGCUGGGCGGCAGGCUUCCACCAUAACAGAGGUGACUUCAACUGGAGUUGCGGCAGCUGCGCGCCGGACGUGUUCGACGGGUUCACGCCGCCCCCGCUGUUCGGGCGGCCCCUCAAGCCGGGCUGCAAACCCGGCCUGUGCGUCAACAGGCCCCACUCCGUCCCCGGCAAGGUGCCCCCGCGAGGCCGGGGCCGCAACUUCCCCUGGGGCCCCGGGUUCGCCGAGGACAAGUUGAAGCAACGGUGUAGAAACGGCGUUGGGCCGUACUGGUGAUACAGUGUACAUAUUGAUGUUAGAUAAACUUGGUCAGUGAUUUGAUCGUUGAUCGUGCGACGAUUUUACAGAGAGAUGAAAAGAAGAGCAUAAGUUCCUGUAGCUACGUAAUCGUAACGUUAUUGAAAAUCAAAUGUCAAAUAGGAGCUGCCCAAAGUUUCUUCAAUAUACAGGGUGUAACAAUACUUAAGUGAUAAUACUAUAGGGUGUGCGUGGGGCCCCCAUAUAGUGUACGCUGUGAAAGUAGCAGCGCUAAAAGAGUAACCUUUUUUUAAA